GCCUCACAAUGGUACUUCCAGAAAGAGGACUUCAAACUAACCCCCUCCGCCCUCGACGGCAUCACCCUCGACCAAGAAGAAUGGCAGCGAGCAAAGGGCGUUUCGUUCAUUAUUAACGUCGCGUCAUUGUUGAAGUUGCCACAGGUUACGGUGAGCACAGCUUGCGUCUUCUUACACCGGUUUUAUAUGCGCCAUUCUUUGAAGACGAAUCAUUAUUACGAGAUUGGAGCCACCGCGCUCUUCGUUGCCAUGAAAGUCGAAGAAUCGCACAGGAAAUUGAAGGAUUUCAUUAUCUGUAUCGUCCGCGUCGCACAAAAGAACGACCAGGCCGAAGUCGACGAAUACACAAAAGAAUUCUGGAAAUGGCAGGAUCAGAUCAUGCUCCACGAGACCCGAAUGCUCACAGCCCUCUGUUUCGACCUAACGAUUCCACAUCCCUACAUGCUUAUCAUGGACCUCUGCAAACUCUUCAGCGGCUCAAAGGAACUAAGCCAAUCCGCAUGGGUAUUCAUCAACGAUUCUUUCCGCACCACCCUUUCCCUCCGUUACCGUCCAAAUGCCAUCGCAGCCGCGGCAUUCUACUUUGCAUGGAGAUAUACGAAGGCGGAACUGAUGAUUCCAAGGGAGCAUGGGGGGAAGAAGUGGUAUGAGUUGGUGGAUGCGAGUAUUGAGGAAAUUAGGGACGCGUGUGAGACGAUGGCGGAUUUGUAU